GAAGAGAAUUAUCCACCGGUGAGAGAGAGAAAGAGAGAGAGAGAGAGAGAUAUUCGGUGUACGAGGCCAUGGAAGGCAAAUGCAAAAAUGCAUUUUGAAGUCAGAUACAGAGAAGGAGAGAAAAAUGGCGGAUUCGAAUGAUUCUGUCUCCAUUGAAAUGGAUGCAUUGUCUCUUGGGGGCCAGGAGCACCUUGUGAAAACCAGUCAUGGUCCUGUAUGUGUUGCCGUUUAUGGAGAUCCAGAUAAACCAGCUCUUAUAACAUACCCCGAUGUAGCUCUAAAUUAUAUGUUCUGUUUCCAAGGAUUAUUCUUUUGUCCUGAAGCAAGCUCCUUGCUCCUCCACAACUUUUGCAUAUAUCACAUAAGUCCUCUUGGCCAUGAGUUAGGAGCUCCAGCGAUCAGCCUCGAUGCUCCUUUGAUCACGGUCGAUGACUUAGCAGACCAGAUAGUCGAAGUUCUUAACUUUUUCGGACUUGGUGCGGUAAUGUGUAUGGGUGUCACAGCGGGCGCUUAUAUUCUGACGUUAUUUGCUAUGAAGUACAGGCAAAGAGUUCUUGGUUUAAUUCUCGUCUCUCCACUCUGCAAAGCACCUUCCUGGACAGAAUGGUUGUACAAUAAGGUUAUGUCUAAUUUACUUUACUACUAUGGCAUGUGUGGCGUAGUUAAGGAAUUGUUACUUAAACAGUACUUUAGCAAGGAAGUUCGUGGUAAUGGUCAAGUUCCAGAAUCCGAUAUCGCUCAAGAAUGCAGAAGAUUACUUUGUGAGCGGCAGAGUACAAACGUGUGGCGAUUUCUCGAAGCAAUCAAUGGGAGAAUGGACCUAAGCGAGGGGUUGAGAAAACUGCAGUGUCGAUCACUAAUAUUCAUAGGGGAACAUUCUCCUUACCAUUCGGAGGCCGUCCACAUGACCACCAAACUCGACCGUCGGUAUAGCGCCUUAGUCGAGGUACAAGGAUGUGGAUCAUUGGUGACGGAAGAACAACCGCACGCGAUGAUGAUACCGAUGGAGUAUUUCUUGAUGGGAUAUGGAAUAUACAGACAGAUACAGAGCGUAAGCCCCAGAAGUCCAUUGAGUCCCACCAGUAUCUCCCCCGAGCUUCUCUCCCCUGAAAGCAUGGGCUUGAAGCUCAAACCCAUCAAGACACGUGUCCCCAUCUCCUAAUACAUUCCCAAAACCAAAAACCAGACACCACAUAUAUGCAACAUAUCAAAAUAACAGAAACCCAGCUCCCAAAGAGUAACAAAAACUACUUUGGCCUCUGCAUUUGCUUCCUAUAUGCGUAUAUAUACACGCAUCGAUUGCGUGAUAGUCGUGGUCGUGUCGGUUCUGCCUGUGGGUCUCAGUGCGGUGCAGGCUGUGGAUAUAGAGGCCGACAUAGAUAUGCAUACAUAUGUACAUAUGUAUAUAUGUAUGUUUCUUUGUAUGUAUGUAUGUAUGUAUAGGGAAACAGUGAGGGUGUGGGGGGUUUUGUGAGGGAUUAGGAGGGUGAUAAGAUUAUGGUAGUUAUAUAUAUAUAUAUGUAUACACAUACACAGGUGAGAGGUAUUUCGAUUCUUUUAUUUAUGAUCUUCAUUUGGGUGUUCUCUUUGUGAUGUUGACAACGAUGGCGAGUCACUGUUGUUAUUUUGUAAAUUAUCUCAAUAAUAAAAUCCUUUGUUAGAGCAUA